AUGCCCCCCAAAAAAAAGAAACGUAAUAGUAAAGAUGCUAAUGGAGCGGCAGCUGCUACUGUUACCGCUGUUGCAAGUGAUGGAGCAAAAAGUGGAGAAGGUAAUGGUGAAGAAAAUGAGGGUGGCGAAGCUAAUGGUGGUGAAACUGGUGGUGCUGGCGGUACUAAAAAAAAAGGAAAGAAAAAAGGUGGUGCAGCAAAAGGCAAAUCAUUUCAAUGUGAUAUAUUUAAUGAUGCAGCAAUGGAUAAUGCUUACUAUUGCUGCCAUAAUGUGCAAGAUGUUUUAAAGUCACGUGGUUUUGCAUGGCCUGAAGCACAAAAGAAGAAGAAGAAAGGCAAAAGAUAA